CACAUUCAACUAAAAUUAAGAAUAGUAUUUUUUGAAGCAAAAACAGAAGAUCAAGAUAGGGCAUAUGAGGUUCCGAUUCAAGCAGCCACUACCACUGUCACUACUCCGGCAGCCGCAGGCUGCGUCGGCGUCGGCGAAGUUUCGCUCAGUGUCCCAACAUUCAUCAUUUGGGGUUGCAUUUGAUAUAGAUGGGGUGAUACUUCACGGCGCGAAUCCAAUUGGGAAUUCGCCGAGAGCGCUCAGAAAAUUUUACAAUGACUCCGGUUCAUUGAAGAUUCCCUUUUUGUUCCUGACAAAUGGUGGUGGUAUUCCGGAGUCGAGAAGAGCCCUUGAGUUGAGCGAUAUUCUUGGCGUGAAAAUAUUACCCUCUCAGGUAGUGCAGGGUCACUCACCCUUCAGUACUUUGCUGAAAAGAUAUGAAAAUGAAUUCAUUGUUGCCACUGGAAAAGGGGAACCUGCUGUUGUGAUGUCAGAAUAUGGUUUUAAGAGAGUUGUCUCACUAGAUGAGUAUGCGUCACACUUCAGUAACAUUGAUCCUGUGGCCCAAUACAAGCGGUGGACAACUAUACAAGAAUCAAACUGCUCAAAAAACUCGGACAAGAUAAUCCAUCAUGAUUACUCUAAAAAUGUUAAGGCUGUGUUCGUUGUAAGUGAUCCUGUCGACUGGGGUAGGGAUAUACAGGUUCUUUGCGACAUAUUGACAUCUGGAGGCAUUCCUGGCAAAAAGGAUUGGCAUCAACCACCUUUAUAUUUUGCUGCAGAUGAUCUCCAAUACCAGGCUGCGUUUCCCUCAGAACGUCUUGGCAUGGGUGCCUUCCGGAUAGCCCUUGAGAGUGUCUUCAACAGAAUUCAUGACAAACCCUUAGAGUUCACGUGCUUUGGGAAGCCAAAUCCAUUUGUGUUCAGAAAUGCUGAAACCAUAUUAGCACAUCUUCUACAAACAUGCAGUCCUGGUGAUGUUGGAACAGGAAAUGGUGAUUCUGGUUCGCCGUCUUUCAGGACGCUUUACAUGAUCGGUGACAAUCCUUUAGUUGACAUCAAAGGAGCUCAACAGGUCUCUCUCUCUCUCAAAUUCGUUAAGAAACAUUAUGGAUGAGGUAACUUGUUCUUGCCCAACAGGCAGGGUAUCCAUGGUUUUCAAUCUUGACAAGAACUGGUGUGUUUAGACAAAGAGAGAACCACACGAAGUAUCCAGCUGAUUUGGUUGUGGAUACAGUGGAAGAUGCGGUGGCGUUUAUACUAAAUAGGGAGGAUGCUUUGUAGUUGUA